CACUUCCAUCUGCACAUCUCUCUGAGUCCUUUACAGCUCUAGAGUUCUCUUCUUUUUCUCUUUAGUUCCAUUCUCUUCAUCACCAUGAGCUACCGCUCAACCUCCUACUCCUUCACCCGCUCUGCACCCAUGCCGAACCGCGCCGUCAGCAUCUACGGAGGAGCAGGAGGUCAUGGCUUCCGAAUCUCCUCAGCCUCGACCCACUCCGGCCUGCGUUCUGCACCUCUCGGCUCGUCCAUCUCCUCCUCCUCCGCCUUUAAGGUGAGUUCGGGCCUGGGUGCAGGAGCAGGAACCGGGGUGAGCUUGAGUUCCGGACCUACAACCGUCAUGGGAGAUGAGAAGGGUCAGAUGCAGAACCUGAACGAUCGUCUGGCCUCAUACCUGGAGACGGUACGCAGGCUGGAGAAGGAAAACGCCAUGCUGGAGAACAAGAUCAAAGAGGCCAUGGAGAAAGCUGGACCGGAUACGCGUGACUACAGCAAGUACAAGGCCAUCCUGGAUGAUCUGAGGAGAAAGAUAUUCGAAUCCACGCUGGAUAACGGCCGUCUGGUCCUGCAGAUCGACAACGCCCGUCUGGCUGCAGAUGAUUUCAGAGUCAAGUUUGAGAACGAGCUGUCCAUCAGACAGUCCGUGGAAGCCGAUAUCGCCGGCCUGAAGAAAGUCAUCGACGACACAAACAUCGGCCGUAUGAACACUGAGGGCGAGCUGGAGGCCUUGAAGGAGGAGCUGCUGUUCCUCAAGAAGAACCACGAUGAUGAAGUGACGGAGAUGCGUAAUCACAUCGCUCAGUCGGGCGUGCAGGUGGACGUAGACGCUCCGAAGGGACAGGACCUCGCUUUGGUCAUGGAGGAGAUGAGAGCGAAUUACGAGAAGAUGGCGAUGAAGGACGCUGAGGAGCUCAAAAUGUGGCACGAAAACCAGAUAGCAGAUGUCCAGGUUCAAGUAUCGCAGAACACAGAAGCAUUACAAGGAGCUCAGAUGGAGAUGAACGACCUGAGAAGACAAAUUCAGACGCUGGAGAUCGAACUAGCGUCACAGCAAAGCCUGAAAGCGUCUCUGGAGGACACGCUGAGGAACACCGACCUGCGCUUUAACGGUGAGAUGGAGAAGUAUAACAACAUCCUCAUGCAGCUAGAGGCAGAACUGGCACAUCUCAGGGCAAAGAUCACCGAGCAGGGGCAGGAGUACCAGACUCUCCUCAACAUGAAGAUGAAACUUGAGGCAGAAAUCGCAACCUACAAGACCCUGCUGGACGGAGAAGAUUUAAACCUACAGGAUGCUCUGGAGUAACUCCAAGGAGAAGAGAUGGAAGGGUUAAAGACACACAUACACUAACUCUCUCUCUCUCCAUCUCUUUCACUUCGUGACAUUGAAGAUCUGCUGCAUUUUUUGUGAAAACAUUAAAGCUUUGACCUUU